CCCCGCCCCAACACGGAAGCAGUGUCCGGGCCGCAGCCGCAGCCACAGCCUUACGGUUGGUUUCAGUGCUGGUGCUGGGCGGGAUCUCCGUUCGGAAUCCUUCUGAGCAUGGACAGCACGUGUGAAGAGAGGCCUGCGAACGAUGGGAGCGACGAGGAGGAUUCUGACUCCACUGAAGCCCCGGCCCGGAUCCGGGACACCCCGGAAGACAUUGUGCUGGAAGCCCCGGCUAGCGGGUUGGCUUUCCACCCAACCCGCGACCUGCUGGCGGCGGGGGACGUGGACGGGGACGUGUUCGUAUUUUCCUAUUCUUGCCAAGAGGGAGAAACUAAGGAACUCUGGUCCUCAGGUCACCACCUCAAGGCUUGCCGAGCUGUAGUCUUUUCUGAAGAUGGGCAGAAACUUGUUACUGUUUCCAAGGAUAAAGCCAUUCAUAUCCUAGAUGUGGAGCAGGGCCGAUUAGAAAGACGGAUUUCUAAGGCUCAUGGUGCCCCCAUCAACAGUCUGCUGCUGGUAGAUGAGAAUGUUCUGGCCACUGGGGAUGACUCAGGUGGUGUACGGCUCUGGGACCAGCGUAAGGAGGGCCCCCUAAUGGAUAUGCGACAGCAUGAGGAAUACAUUGCUGACAUGGCUCUCGACCCAGCCAAAAAGCUGCUGCUGACGGCCAGUGGUGACGGCUGCCUUGGUGUCUUCAACAUAAAAAGACGCCGGUUUGAGCUACUCUCAGAGCCUCAGUCUGGGGACCUGACCUCUGUCACCCUUAUGAAAUGUGGGAAGAAGGUGGCCUGUGGUUCUAGUGAAGGUACUAUCUACCUUUUUAACUGGAAUGGUUUUGGGGCCACAAGUGACCGAUUUGCCCUGAGAGCCGAGUCUAUUGACUGCAUGGUUCCAGUCACUGAGAGUUUGCUGUGUACUGGGUCCACUGAUGGAAUCAUCAGGGCUGUGAACAUCCUGCCUAACCGAGUAGUGGGCAGUGUAGGCCAGCAUGCUGGGGAGCCCGUGGAGGAGCUGGCCCUUUCUCACUGUGGCCGCUUCCUGGCCAGUAGUGGCCAUGACCAACACCUCAAGUUUUGGGACAUGGCCCAGCUGCGAACUGUGGUGGUGGAUGACUACCGUCGACGCAAGAAAAAAGGAGGGCCACUGCGUGCCCUGAGCAACAAAGCCUGGAGCACUGAUGACUUCUUUGCAGGACUGAGGGAAGAAGAAGAUACCAAGGGCCCAGAAGAAGAGAGUGAGGAUGACAGUGACUGAGAGGAUGAGGAGAAUCUAUUGGGGUCAGAAAUUUCAUUGAGCAUAAGCUUCUUGUUCUUAAGAUGAAUUCCUAGGGCUGGGGAUUUAGGUCAGUGGUGUAAGUGCCUGGCAAGCAUGAGGUCAUCCCUGGUACCAAGGGAAAAAAAAAAAAAGACUUCUUAAAGAGAACACCAAACUUUUUGGUGCUUGUGCAUAUAAAGCACACAGCCCUGAGACCAUGACUAUAUUAACACUUGUGCAGGGGAUCAAAACUCAAGAGUACUGAAUAGGUGAAGAGUUUAUGCCCUGCAGCAGCUGCUUGAUCUAACAAUGUACGACAAACCCUCAGUGUGUUAAGACAGCACAGACAUCAUGUAUACUAACUAGGAGUUUAAUAUAAAUACAACCAGCAUAGAAAAGCUCAAAACCAUAUUACAAACAAAGUCAGAAUGACAACUGGUGGGGUAGAAGGGCAGACAUUGACUUUUUGGUUCAGCCAGUCCCCCAAAUAAAAACAAAGAUUCAUGCUAUCUUGGGGGUGAGGGAGAGCAGGGAUAUGGUGUUCUGUGUUACACAGGGAAUGGCCCUGGGUUCAGGGCAGGAGGGCAAAAUGCCUCACAAUUUAAGCCAAAUCUGAGCAGUCCUCAGGUGUUCUUUGAGCCCUGCCCCAGUGGUGCUGCUGUCUCAAGACCUGGGGAGGGGGCCCCUCCCCUUCUAGGGAUCAACUUAGUUUCUGCCCAGGCCUGCUGGGCUGAGGGCAGACACAGGCCCUGCCUGCAGUUCAGGCUGCCUGAGGGGAGAGUAAGGGGUCACUGCUUAACCACGGCACCUGCCUCAGCUCCAGAACACCAUAAGAGACUGGCUCCGGACUCACUCAGUGCCUCCAGCAGCCGUGCUGACACAGCAUCCUUGGCCAUCUCAUGCCCAUCUUGCCCUUCUGUUGCUAGCACAACCCAGAUGAGGCCACUGAAAGGCACUGGAUGCCCAGGGAUCACUACCUGGUACCAGAAGCGAUGCCAGCCAGCAGGUCCUAUGCCCAAACACUUGGUAAGGAAUACUGGGCUACCCAGCUUCAUUCGUUGGCACAGUAGCUGCAGGGCAGCCCGAGCACCUUGGUACCCUAGCCUGCCCCUGCCUAGGACCAAUUGGCUGCCUUCUGGCUGUAGGCACUGAAGUGAGGGACCCAUCAGCUGCUGGCGGAGCCGUUGCUUUAGGUCUGGCUUGAGCCACUCCACAGCCACCUGUUCUCCACAGAGCCUGGAUUGACCUGCAGAAAACAAGACACAAAGUGUCUUGAAUGAGACGCCUGAGUGAGCCAAGGAGGACAGACUUGGGUUUAAGUCAUGGCCUCACCAUUUCACAGUAUUUGGCCUAAGGGCCUAAGUUAACAACAGCCUUGGCCUUAUUUGUAAGAGAGGUGUUAAUAAAACUGCCUUUUGUUUCCUUGAA